AUGCUGGAAAGCAGCCCGGCACCGCUGAUAAAGGACGAGAUCCGCCAUUUACAAUGGUGUUGGCCAAUGCUGACCAAGCAGCGGCGGUGGUCGCUGAUAAUCCUUGCAAAGUCGCAGGCGUGCUGCCUACCCUACAAACGCUUGAGGAGCGUAAAGAUCACUGGGCAUCAGUUGAGAGACCAGAGCCCACGAUGGCAAGGUAUUGUCAUCCUCCUGAGACGAGCUCUGAAAAUACCUGAUAUCCUAGACAGUUUGGUGAAAGCGAUGGCGAGCGUAACUCAGCGGCAAGAUCGGUUGGACCGUAGAGAGAUGAUUCAACCUGUCGAACGGGCGAGCCAACCAGAAAUGUGA